AAUAAUUUGAUGCUUUGCGGCAUGCAUGCGUAAAAUUAAGUUAAUAAAAAGAGUUUUGCGACAAAAUGUAACUUUUUUAUGAUAUCGAGUGAAAUUAACAUACUUAAUUUAAUAACACGAAGCAAGAACCAUAAGCCGCCACAAUGGUUUCCAGCAGCACCCGGGUGAUACAAGUCACCAACAUCGCUCCUCAAGCUACCAAGGAUCAAAUGCAGACCCUUUUCGGUUAUUUGGGUAAAAUAGACGAUAUCAGGUUGUACCCGACGAUCCGGGAUGUGUCGUGCCCGGUACAAUCGCGUAUAUGCUACGUGAAAUACUAUGAUUCCUCGACUGUGGCCGUGGCUCAACACAUGACGAACACGGUGUUCAUAGACCGUGCUCUGAUCGUGAUCCCGAUGCAGUCGGGGGAGAUACCCGACGAGCACAAGGCGCUGGAGAUGUCCAGCAACGGCACGCUGGUCCCGGGGCUCAGCACGGGCGAGCCCCGCCUGCCGCCGCACGUCGUCAACGCGCUGGAAGGAGUGCCCCCGAACCAGGUCAUUCAAACACAUGACCCUAAGAUCACAGCCGCAGCAUUACCCCCCUACCCGCCCCUGCCGGCCGCAUACGACGCCAGGAAGGUGGAGGAGAUCCGACGCACUGUCCUCGUCAUCGAUGUUGGCCACCUGACACACCAGCAGUUGAUUGACCACUUCUCCCAAGCUGGGGAGGUCAAGUAUCUACGCUUCUGUGAGAGAGACAGUGAUAAACUUAGAUAUGCAUUGAUUGAAAUGAUGGAACAUGAAUCCUUGAUCAAAGCAUUGCAGUUGAAUGACAGUGUUAUUGAUGGACAAGCUGUUAAGGUGCACCAUGCAACUCAAGCUAUUUCUAAACCUCAAACCAAGAGCAAUGAAGCAGCUCAGCGGGAGAUUGAAGAAGCCAUGUUCCGUGUGAAGGAAGCACAGAACUUGAUCUCUGCGGCCAUUGACCCCGUGAUAGGAUUGCUCUCCAAGGAUAAGAGGAGAACCCGAUCUCGCUCGCGCUCCCGGCGUCGCUCGCGGUCUCGGUCGCGGCGCUCGCGCUCGCGCCACCGCAGCAAGCGCUCCCGCUCGCGCUCGCGACACCGCUCUAGGAGGUCUCGCUCCCGGUCCAGACACCGCCAUCGCUCUAGUAGGUCGCGCUCGCGCCACCGCAGCUCGCGGCGCUCCCGCUCGCGCUCGCGCCACCGCUCCUCCCGCUCCAAGCGAGACCGCUCCCGCGACCGCAAGGACAAGAAGGAACCCCUAGACAAGGACAAGAAAGAAAAAUCCAAAUCCCCGACCAAAGAGUCCAUCGAAAAAGACGAAAAGGAAAUGAAGAUUGAUGCGGAGACCACUGAAGCUCCUGAAGUAGAGGAUAAAUCUAAAGCGUCAUCUCCAGUUGAAGACGGGAAGGUAGACGCCGAGAGCAAGGAAAAGUCUCCAGUCAAGAAAGACCGGUCCAGAUCUAGGGAGAAGUCCAGGAAGCGCGACAGGUCCAGGUCGAGGCGCCGGUCGCGGUCUCGCUCGCGGAAGAAGCGCUCUCGCUCCCGCAAGCGCUCCAGGUCUAGGAAGCGAUCCCGCUCCAGGGACAGAAAGAGAUCUCGCUCUAGGAAGAGGAGUCGCUCCCGUGACCGGAAGAGAUCCAGGUCUAAAGACAGGAAGCGCACCAGGUCGCGGGACAGGAAAAGGUCGCGCUCCAGGGAUCGCAAGCGCUCCUCUAGGUCCGGAAGCAGAGCAUCUAAGAGUCGCAGAGAAAGCAAGACCCCACACGAGGCGCGAUCCAGAGAGCUCAGCCCCAACCUCUCAGUGGUGCAAGAAGAAAACAGCAUUCUGGAUAAAGCACCCGAUUUGAAUGACGAAAAGAAUUCUCCGGAUAACAUGGACAUUUCUAACUCUCCAUAGAUUCAUUUUAAGUGCUGAUUAAUCUGUGUUGGUUUGAGCAAAUACAAAGUGUUCCACUUUCUUACA